UGAGAGCGCGGCCAUUCUCCCAGUCUGUCUGCAAGAAUGAAGGCUGCUUCUACAGACUACGCCAACACUGGUGCUUUCUACAUGAAUGCCCCGAAGACGCUUGACCAGCCGAGAGAUUGCAGGACCCAUAUAGCCAUAAGCCGAAUUCCCCGGCCAAUGAAUGCCUUCAUGGUGUGGGCAAAAGAUGAGAGGAAGAGGUUAUCUCUGCGGAACCCCAACCUUCAGAAUACGGAGCUCAGCAAACUGUUAGGGCGCUGUUGGAAAUCCCUGACCGUGGUGCAGAAGCGACCAUACAUUUUGGAAGCGGAGAGGCUGCGAGUGGAACACAUGCUGGAGUACCCCAACUACAAGUACAGACCACGCCGGAAAAACCAAACCCGUGGCCCGUACCGAAAUGGAAUCUCCCUUCACAUGGAUGGCACAGAACGGCAGGAAUCAACCGUUCAUCAGGACAAGAAGUUCCCCGUCGGCAAACAGGUGAUGGACAUGUUUGCUCCCCGUCACCUACCCCCAGAGCUAAACUCAUCCGGCAAGCGGGAGAUCCACCUGUUGGACAAAAGGACUCCUCCGUCUUCCUGCGGGCACGUUGCUCAACAUGAGCGCGCAGCUGAAACCGAAUGUGCGCUGGCAUGUCCACUAUCCCAUCCAGUUUAUGGAUUUCCUCAUCCCGACGCAAGCCUGUACUGCCACCAGUCCUAUCAAAUGGCCCCGGUGCUUCCCCCUUACGAUGCAACAUUUUGUUGUCACAAAAUGGCAGAACCAUAUCGCUCACUUGAGAACUUGGCCCAAAGUUGUUUUCAGAGCUCCCAAACCAUACAACCAGUGAAUGACAUGGAAGUCCUGGACAACCUGUGCUACUCUGACCUGCUGGCAGAUGUCGAUCGUAACGAGUUUGACCAGUACCUGAACAAUGACUCCUGGUCUGACCCAAUUGGCCAUCUACUGACUGAAAAGGUCGCUGGUAGCAAUGACGUUCCUGAAACAGACCUUGUGUCUGUGUUGGCCGAUGUGAAUACAGCCUGCUAUAGUACCAUUUCCAGAUACAUUUGACACACCGCUACUGGUGGACUCUUUCUGCCAAUGCUGAAAGAGAACUAUACUGUUCAGAGGUGCCAUCUUUCAGAAAUGAAGUUAAAACUGAACCCCGAUGUACACACAAGGAACUGCAGGUGCUAGUUUAAAAGAAAACACAAAGUGCUGGAGUAACUCAGUAGGUCAGGCAACAUCUCUGGAGUUGAUGCUUGAGGUCGGGGCCUCAAGACUCUUGAGACUAGUCUAAUCUGAUGGCGCUUAAGGUCAUAAGUAGCUGGAGCAGAAUUAUGCCAUUCGGCCCAUCAAGUCUACUCCGCCACUCAAUCAUUGCUGAUCUAUCUCUCCCUCCUAACACCAUUCUCCUACCUUCUCCCCAUA